AUGAAAUUUUCUGAAGAAUAAUUUCAAAAAUAUAACAUGGCUAGACCAAAAUAUCUUACACAAGAGGAGUUGGAAACACUAUUGAAUGAGACUGACGACGAAGAUGCCGACAUUAGCGAUGACGAAUGUGAAUUACAAGAAGACAGUUUGAUUGAAACAAGUGAUUCUGAUGUUGAAGAACCGGACGAUAUCGAAAUUGAUGGCUCAGCAGACGAUAUUGAAAUUGAUGAAAAUGCUGAUCCAACGUUUAUUUCAAAAGAUGGCAUAGUUUGGAACUCUGAACCAGUGACAGAUCGAAGUGGAAGAUUGCGUAAAGAAAACGUUAUCACACUUCGUCCGGGACUAACAAGAUUUGCAAAAAACCGUGUUGAUUCUAUCAAAGAUGCAUUUCUCCUUUUCUUUCCAUCACCAGUUGAAAACAUUAUUUUGAAGAAUUCGAAUGCGUAUGCAAAGGCGACGUAUGGCGAAAAUGCCAUUGAAAUCGAUUCAAACUUAUUACAUGCGUAUAUCGCUGUACUAAUCUUGGCCGGUGUAUACAGAUCAAAAAAUGAAAAUUUGGUUGAUUUAUUUGACGGUGAAUAUGGCCGUCCAAUUUUCAGAGCGAUCAUGUCAAAGAAAACAUUCCAAUACAUGAGCCGAGUUAUGCGUUUCGAUGAUGUCAUGAACAGACGACAACAAAAAUCCACCGACAAGUUUGCACCAAUUCGUGAUUUAUUCGAUAAGUGGUCGGAACUUUUACCUGAUUUCUACAAUCCAUCUGAAUGUGUCACUGUAGACGAGCAACUUCUUGGUUUUCGUGGCCGAUGUAAGUUCCGGCAAUACAUGCCAUCCAAACCAGAAAAAUAUGGCAUAAAAUUUUGGCAAUUAGUUUGUUCUGAAACAUGUUAUGUAUGGAAAAUACAGCCAUAUUUGGGAAAAGCCGUUGGUGUUGAUUCGGCUGAAAAAGGACAAGGUGCAUGCGUCACAACGUAA